AUGUGUCAGCUAACCGCUCCUUUUUGGGAAAGCCGGAUCUUACAAGCCAAGCUCUCCAAAUUUGAUGCAGACUAUCUCGCGUUCGUUCCAGACGGCGGUGAAGAUAGAGCCGUGGUUGUCGGUUUCAGCAACGGAGGCGUAGAUUACAUACGCCUGCCCGAAUCGUAUGCGGACGUGGCAGUCGACGGCCCCAUCGAGAUCCCAAUGUCACGGGCAGAGCCCAAUCGAGCGCGCUUCUACCAGCACCCCGGAGAGCUGGUGGUCUCCCUAUCUUACGCUGAUGGCCAGCUCGUGUCUUUCACAUCAACCGGAACCGUGGCUUUCUUCGACCUCUCGACCUGGUCAUCCCCCGAGACCACGAGCCUAAAUGUCGCCCGAGGCUGGAAUGCACUCUUAUCGCCAUACGACAACUUCGCGGCCUUUGGCACUGCAUCGCUCACACCACUUGUCGUGCACGCAUUAACGCCCACUGGAAUAUCCGAAUCACCGAUCAGCGUACCCUUCUCCCUCGCUCGCGAUGACUUCAUGCCCUCUCGCACAGCGGUGUACGGGUUAGCGGCUGCGCCGCCCGAUGCACCUUGGGGCUCACCCGAGAGUACACUACUGUCAGGGUGGUACGACGGCUUCGUGCACGUGCAUGACCUACGCGAGCCUUCUCCGCGUCCCGCACUCUCGUUUUGCGAUCCCUGGCAAUUUGAGCCUGUAUACUCCGUCGCGGGUGCAGGCACGCAUAUUGCGGCAGGUGCAGCGCGGCACAGUGUUGUCGCACUUUGGGACGCUCGCUCACCGCGAUCGCCCGGUUUCAGCGUACACGCACCAGGCAACGACCCAUCGCCGGUGUACUCGCUUGUGCUGGAGGAUGGCAGGUUGUUCGGAGCCACACAGGGUCGGGUAUUUGCGCUCGACUUCGGACCAGGUGUAAACAAAGGAACAUACCCUCCUUUCCAAUUACCAGCUGGGAAGAAAAAGUCGGGGAGAGUGGGAUAUCCCGUCACGAUCUAUGGACAUGAGAAGGGGCUCAAAUGA